AUGAAGUCUACUGAAGAUAAAUCGUGCGAACUCAACAAACGCAUUACUAUGUUGUACUCGGGUGAGCCAGGAGACACCGUCUAUUUUGCCGAAUACAUUCAGAGAAAUGUUAAACUUUAUGGGAUCAUGAACGGGAUUGAGUUGACUCCAAAGGCUGCCGCUACAUUUACCAGAAGGGAAUUGGCGAAAAGUCUGAGGAGCAGGAAACCUUAUCAUGUUAAUCUCCUCAUCGCCGGAUACGAUACCACAGAUUCUACACCACAUCUGUAUUGGAUCGAUUAUCUCGGUUCUUUGGUUGAAAUACCUUUUUCUGCUCACGGAUACGGAGCCUACUACUGUUUAUCCCUUUUGGAUAGGUAUCACCGUCCGGAUAUCACACUUGAUGAGGCCAAAGUUCUAAUUAAGAAAUGUAUAGAUGAGCUUAAAACUAGAUUCAUCAUAAAUUAUCCCGACUUCAAGAUCAAAAUCACAGACAAGGAUGGCAUCCGAGAGAUUACCAUUUGA